AUGGAAGGCGUGAUAACGCCGACGACGACGAAUCCCCCACUGCGCGGGGCGGCGGAAGGCGUGAUAACGCCGAUGACAACGGAUCUCCCACUGCGCGGGGUGGUGGAAGGCGUGAUAACGCCGAUGACAACGGAUCUCCCACUGCGCGGCGGAAGGCGUGAUAACGCGGACGACGACGAAUCCCCCACUGCGCGGGGCGGCGGGAGGCGUGAUAACGCCGAUGACAACGGAUCUCCCACUGCGCGAGGCGGCGGAAGGCGUGAUAACACCGACGACAACGGAUCUCCCACUGCGCGGGGCGGCGGAAGGCGUGAUAACGCCGAUGACAACGGAUCUCCCACUGCGCGGGGCGGCGGAAAGCGUGAUAACGCCGAGGACGAUGAAUCCCCCACUGCGCGGGGCGGCGGAAGGCGUGAUAACGCCGACGACAACGGAUCUCCCACUGCGCGGGGCGGCGGAAGGCGCGAGGCGGCCGACGACGACGAAUCCCCCACUGCGCGGGGCGGCGGAAGGCGCGACGCGGCCGACGACGACGAAUCCCCCACUGCGCGGGGCGGCGGAAGGCGUGACGCAGCCGACGAGGAGGAGUUCCCCACUGCGAGGGGCGACGGAAAGCGCGGCAGCGCCAACGAUGAGGAAGAUUUCCCUGUUGCACGGGAAGGAGGAGGGCAAGGUUACGAGAAAAGGGAUGAAAGGGGGCGAGUCCGACGCGGAAAGGUGCGGGGGGAUGACGGAGAACACGGGAAUAAGGAGCACUCACUUGCAGGACGGCAGGAAGAGGGAAAGAGGGCAUCAGCGGGUGUCUUCCGCUCGCCUGAGCCGAGGACAGGAUAUGAUCGCAGACGGCGCAUGGCGAUGGGUGAAGGUCGGCGGGCAGAGCGGGGAAUGCGGGAAGAAAGGCUUGACUACGAGGAGCGACGCCUGCAGAGCCCGCCUGAAUGA